AGUGGACCCAAACGCCGUUGUUCUGCUUAUUCUGGAGACCAUGAUCUUCGAGGCGCUCCAGCAAGUGCUGAACGAGUUUUUCGUGGACGUACAGGAGGAUCAUGUGUCUUUCUACGCCGGUGAUCUCUUCGAGCCCAGCCACUUCAAGCUCAACGACGUCUUCCUUCAGACUUCCCUCGUCAACUCGCUGCAGCUGCCGUUCGAGCUGUCUGCCGGAUACCUUGGUAACGUCACGGUCGAAGGUCUUGUCGGGGCUGUGGCUGGGUGGCCACUGGAAGUCAAUGUCAGUGAUCUAUGUCUCGUCCUGAAACCCCACAAAGCGCAAUGGGAGAACGAACUGCUAAUCCGCUAUGCGAGAGAGCUCCUUGUCGCGAUCUGUCAAUGUUUCGGGAGGCCAGCAACCGUUAAGAAAGACAACGCGUCGUUCAUUUCUCCUGCGAAAUGGAUAUGGAAUCGAAUCAAAGCGGUGGCGGCGGAUAUGAUCAUCCAGUUGGAGCGCAUUCACAUCCGAGUGGAGAGCCCACGCAGUGACAAACUUGUGGCCUAUGGGCUUUAUAUCCCUUUGAUUCGCUUCGCACCGCGCGAGGUAGAAGAGCAGAUUUUGUACCGACGUCAGCAACCUGGUGUCGUGUAUCCCAAGGCAUCUGAUAAUUUCUUCUCCAAGCUGCUCACGAUUGAAAAUGUAUCAUUCUACACCGACCUCGAUGGCAGCACGUACUGGACCGCACCAAAAGAAAGCGAGACAACCCCAGUUACAACAGAAAACCCACUUGCCGCUGCUUUACUCACAUCCCUAGAUCCAAACACUCGUCAAGUCUUGCUUCAAGAUUCGUUGAAACGUUUCAAGGAGUGUGCUCUAAAGUCCUUCACUCGCACUGAACACCGCGAAUUAGCGUUUAUUCGCGUGGUCUGGAUUAAACUUGACUUCAAACGAGCGCAGCAAAAUCCCAGCGAGAAUAAAAGCUCAACGAGGCCUGUACUGACAGCAGUGGACAUCGCUACGGAAGAGAUCGAGGUGAAAGUUGAUUUUGAUCAGAUAGCAAUGAUACUGGUAGAGCUGGAGCACGUUGUUGAAUACUUUAAACGUGCGCGUUCAUGGCAAUGGCGUCCUUCCUGCAUCGAUCGAGAGCAUCACGCUCCGCCCAGUGUCAAGCUAUCAGCCAACGCUCUUCUUCCUUUGCCAAUCAGUGACGAGGAACGUGCUGCAUUGGUUUUCUCCAUCGAUAAACAACGUAAGUCCAGACUCUGGUUCCGUGCCAUAUGGAGAUAUGCUUUCCGAUGUAUUGUUGACCAAAAGCGAAGGUCAAAGCGAGAGGAUUAUCAAGAAAUAGAUCCCAGAAUUUGGUGGCGCUUUGACGACAUUGUUGACAAAGAACUCCAACAAGUUCGUCGUCAACGCUACAUGCAUUUGUAUGCACGUAGUCUGAGUCCCAGUGCCAUGGAGAUUGCGUUAUACGGUCGAGGGAAGGCUCUUUUGAGCUUAAGCUCUCAGGCCCAGACGGGUGUUGGUAUACUACAGUCUCCUCCAGCAUCUCCAAGACGCCGUCCUCUACCAGAAUUUGACCCACUGACUCAAGUAGAACAGUGGGAACUCUCCGACUUCAUUGUCACCAUGUCCGUGUAUGAACAGCGAGUAUGUCGAGCUCUUACUGAGCAGCAGCUUCGAAGAGAUUAUACUGCGGCUCCUCCAUCACCAACGCGGAAAGUCUCGUCAUCGAUGGAGUUUUCAGUCGCACCAGCCGAGUCAACGUCGCACCAUGGUCGAAGCUAUUCAGUCGAUAGCUUUUCUUCUCCGCCAGCACACCAACCUGUCAGUCCAGACGCUGAGCAUCGUCACAAGAGAGGAAUGACUAUCGGUUUUGCAGGUGAUGAACUGUCGGUUCGUCUCGCUUCUCCUCCAUCAUCACGACCUCAUGCCGCUUCGACCAGCGAUCUACCGAGUCCAACCAAACACGAAAGUGCGUUGGAUUUAGAACCACUUCGAGCCUGGAUCUUCAAGCAGCGGCAACUGGGACUCCACACGACGUCUUGGUUUGAGAAGCAGUUCUUUCCGAAUUGGAUUCUCAAUCCAUCCAAGGUUAUCCCCUUGCUCAACUGGCAUCUUGGUCCACUGAGAAUCAGCCUUGCAGCAGGUGAUUCUGAUCACGUACAGACAGCCAACCGUGACAUUGGAGUCGACAUUGGGGUUGAUGGCUGUAGUGGCGCCAUGCUUCUCAGUAGAGCACCAUUCCUGCGUAUUCUUGUGGAAGUACGUGUUGGACUUCUCCAUGUUACCUUGAUACGACAACCUCAUCUUCAAAACGACGAGAGCAGGGUGGAUUCAGGUAUAGUCACGGAGUACAAGUGGAUCUCAAGCAACUACAUUCGUUCACCGGAAGACGGAUUCUUUUACGUUGGACUCAAGUACUCCGUGCAUGAGGUGGCAGCGAAGCCCAAUGGAAGAGUUCAAUUUGUGGGGGGCCUUGACGAAGAGCUAGGUCUAAAAGGAAGAAUGUGCAUCGGUCCGAUCAAGAUCGACUGCAACGAAGCUGCGAUCAGAGCAACAAUGGGUCAGACUGUGGCAGAUGAACUUCAGACGUCAAAUAUGGACGUCGCGACGUCAACGCACUUCUCCGUACUACAACAUGCGUAUAACAGCUUCGUCGGUCUCGUUGUUCAUCUGCCGAAACGAAAAGGAACACGGAUACGCAAUCCGAAGGACAUUAGUCCACGCGCCAGAAAGAGACCUGGUGUUUCUAAUGUACCUGCUCCAGUCCAGCCAGAUCAGCAGCAGCUUGAGCGAAGUGCGAGAAGGACGCGAAUGUUCCACGCAGUGCUGCUGCGCUCUUCGACAUUUGAAGUAGAAGUUGGCACACUGGAGCUCAAUCUGUCAGCGUACAGUAGUCACAUCGAAAACGCUCUCCGUGGUCAAGUACCAAGAAGUAUUGAGGCGAUCAAACCGUCAGAAACUCGAGAAGAAGUGAACGUCAUGCUGCCUACGAUGGCAUGUCGACUCCAUAACCGACCGGCGAUGAACGAAUGCAUCAUGGAUGUCGGCGGUGCUCGUGUCAUCUAUCGAUCCACCAAGCAAGGCCGCGCAGCGGUAAUUCGCCACCUCGCACAAGUCUUCAAGCUCUAGCCAAGACCUCAGUUCGGUACUGCUCACGUUGAUAUGGCCAGGUAAAUUUCCUUCUUCUGCUUCCCCUCUCUCUUCGGCAAAGUGUCUAGAACUUCAUGCCCUCUGUUCUUAAGUCGUUCCGCCCCAGCUGCCUUGUUUCGAUCAACGCGAGUUUUCAGCGUAACUCUUGAUAG